UCUGCCUUUGUUUCGUAGAGUGUUCAACACAUGGAAGGAGGCAGUGAAGGGGUUUGUGAUUUUGUAACUUCUACUGUAAUGGUUAUUUUCUAAACAUUUGUAAACACUACACAUUUAGCUGACCAAGGUUUUUUUAAUAUGUUCUGCUGUAAAAAGGAUUAAACACAAAGUUUCAAACUCUUCCUGCAAUGAGUCAACAUCUGAUAACCACUCCCUGUUCUGUCUGCUAUGAAAAACAACAGCUCCACUCAUAUUUCCUCAUGUCUCCUUGUUCCCUCCCCUUUAGAUCUCUACGUUGAAGAUGGAUAUAACCAACAUGUGGUGAAGAGUGAGAGCUGAUUGGCUCCAUUCACUGUAGAGUCACAUGUUGUUCAGAUCAGAGCUCAGACAAGAGUCACUUCUAGGAAACAAAAACUCACUCCGUCGUCGACACUAAGAAGAGAAAUGGAGCAGAAAGGAGUUCAUCUGGACAGAGAAACCUUCUCUUGUUCCAUCUGUCUGGAUCUACUGAAGGAUCCUGUGACUACUUCCUGUGGACACAGCUAUUGCAUGAACUGUAUUAAAAGCCACUGGGAUGGAGAAGACCAGAAGAGAAUCUACAGCUGCCCUCAGUGCAGGAAGAUGUUCAUACCGAGGCCUGUCCUGGAGAAAAACACCAUGUUAGCAGAGUUAGUGGAGCAGCUGAAGAAGACUGGACUCCAAGCUGCUCCAGCUGAUCACUGCUAUGCUGGACCUGAAGAUGUGGCCUGUGAUGUCUGCACUGGGAGGAAGCUGAAAGCCUUCAAGUCCUGUCUGGUCUGUCUGGCCUCUUACUGUGAGAAACACCUCCAACCUCACUAUGAUGCAGCUCCAUUAAAGAAACACAAGCUGGUGGAUCCCUCCAAGAAGCUCCAGGAGAACAUCUGCUCUCUUCAUGAUGAGGUGAUGAAGAUUUUCUGUCGUACUGAUCAGCAGAGUAUCUGUUAUCUCUGCACAAUGGAUGAACAUAAAGGCCAUGAAACAGUCUCAGCUGCAGCAGAAAGGACUGAGAAGCAGAAGGAGGUGGAGGUGAUGCUACAGAAAAACCUGCAGGGAAUCCAGGAGAGAAAGAAAGAUGUGGAGCUGCUUAGACAGGAGCUGAAGGCCAUCAAAGACUCUGCUGAUAAAACAGUGGAGGACAGUAAGGAGAUCUUCACUGAGAUGAUCCGUCUCCUCCAGAAAAGAAGCUCUGAUGUGGAGCAGCUGGUCAGAUCCCAGCAGGAAACUGAAGAGAGUCGAGUCAAAGAUGUUGAGGAGAAGUUGGAGCAGCAGAUCACUGAGCUGGAGAGGAAAGGCUCCAAGCUGAAGCAGCUCUUAAACACAGAGCAUCACAACCAGUUUCUACACAACUACCUCUCACUGCCACCACCCAGUGAGUCUACACACUCAUCCAGCAUCAAGAUUCGUCCUCUGAGGAACUUUAAGGACGUGAAAGCAGCUGUGACAGAGACCAGAGAGAAACUACAGGACAUUCUGAGAGAGACAUGGACAAACAUCUCAGUGACAGUGACUGAAGUGGAUGUUUUACUGCCACAACCAGAGCCAAAGACCAGAGAUGAAUUCAGGAAAUAUUCAUGUGAAAUCACACUGGAUCCAAACACAGCAAAUACACUUCUGUUAUUAUCUGAGGGAAACAGGAAAGUAACUUUUAUGGAUCAACCUCAGUCUUAUUCUGAUCAUCCAGACAGAUUCACUUAUUGUUAUCAGGUCCUGAGUAGAGAGAGUCUGACUGGACGUUGUUACUGGGAGGUGGAGUGGAGAGGAGAAGGAGUUGAAGUAGCAGUCGCAUACAAGAAUAUCAGCAGAGCAGGAUAUGAAAGUUUAUUUGGAUCUAAUGACAAAUCUUGGGCAUUACGUUGUGACACAAACAGUUAUAAUUUUUACUACAACAAAGUCAGAACUGUCAUCUCAGGUCCUGUUUCCUCCAGAGUAGGAGUGUACCUGGAUCACAGAGCAGGUCUUCUGUCUUUCUACAGCGUCUCUAAAACCAUGACUCUCCUCCACAGAGUCCAGACCACAUUCACUCAGCCUCUCCAUGCUGGACUUUAUCUUCUUGGUUCUGGAGUCACUGCUGAGUUGAUUAAAGUCAAAUAGACAGAAGUCUCUUCAGGGACAGUUGGUUAAAAUGUGUCUUCUAGUCUCCAGGUGAAGCUUCACAUGAUGAAUCAAGCUGCCGGUUUUGUCCUUUUUGUUAAACUUUUAUUAAUUAUUGAUAAGUUAGUGAGUAGGAAUAAAUGUCAUGGAUAUUCAAUUUGACAUAAAAUUUAUUUGCAUUCGUUUGUUCUAUCGUUGUAUUUGAGUUGAUUAUCUAAUCAUGUCCACACACUGAUUGAUGUUAAGAGUUUUCUUCAACCAUUAAAACAUACUGAUGGAUUUUAUGUUACUUA